AUGGACAGGGGCAACAGCACCUCCGGGUUCAUCCUCCUGGGACUCUUUGGCCACACCAGAGCCCACCUACUCCUCUUUGUGCUGGUUCUGAGUGUGGCCCUCAACUCCCUGUUAGGCAAUGCCCUCCUGCUCCUCCUGAUCCACCAGGACCAGCGGCUCCACACGCCCAUGUACUUUCUCCUGAGCCAGCUCUCCCUCAUGGACAUGAUGCUGGUCUCCACCAUACUGCCCCAAAUGGCAAUUGGGUAUUUGACUGGCAAGAAGUUCAUCUCCUCUGUGGGCUGUGGCUUCCAGAUCUUCUUCUUCCUCACGCUGGGUGGUGGAGAGUGCUUCCUCCUAGCAGCCAUGGCCUAUGACAGGUAUGUCGCCAUAUGCCACCCCCUGCGCUAUUCGGUUCUGAUGAGCUGGCAGCUCUGUCUGAGGAUGGCCCUGGGGUCCUGGUUCCUGGGAGCGGCUGAUGGGGUCAUGCAGGCUGCUGCCACCCUGAGCUUCCAGUUUUGUAGCCGGCGUGAGAUUGAUCACUUCUUCUGCGAGGCCCCUGUGCUGCUGCGUUUGGCCUGUGGAGACACAUCUGUCUUUGAGUUCGUCAUGUACAUCUGCUGUGUGCUGAUGCUCCUGGUCCCCUUCUCCCUCAUCCUGACUUCCUACGGUCUCAUCCUGGCUGUUGUUCUCAGCAUGCGCUCCACGGAAGCCCGAAAGAAGGCUUUUGCCACCUGCUCCUCGCACUUGGCCGUCGUGGGCCUCUUUUACGGAGCUGCCAUUUUCAUCUACGUGAGACCCGCAUCCUCCCGGUCUGGUAACCACGAUAAGGUGGUGUCAGCGUUCUACACUCUCGUCACCCCCAUGCUCAACCCCGUCAUCUACAGCCUGCGGAACAGUGAGGUCAAGGGUGUCCUGAGGAAGUGUGUGGCCCGCUGUGCAGCCCUAAUCCGUUACUAA